CUUAUAACGGUGUGUGACUGUGUCUGUGGAUCCAUUAAGCGUCGAGGUGGAGAACGCAACUCACUUUCUACAGCCUUGGCCUUCUGACAGUUAUUGCGUCUUUGAAGGAAGACCGUCACAAAAAGACAACUCACAACUUCCAGUCAUGGGUACGGAACAAAGCAAGCAAGAAUCAUACUCUACUCCUACUCCUACUUGUCCUCCUCCUACUUAUACUCCUCCUCCUGAUCCUUUGCUUCCAGAAAACUGGAGACCCAUUGACUUUGAUGCAUCAAAAAAGACAAAGCUUUUAGAGAAGGUGACAAAUUUUGAGAUUACCCACCCAGAGGUUCGUCAGUUGCACAUACUUGUUCAUGGCCCGGUUGGAGUGGGGAAGUCCAGUUUCAUCAGCUCCAUUGCAAGUGUCUUUAAGGGUCGCAUGGUUCAAGCAUCUCUGGCUGAUUCUACUGGUGGUACAAGCUUCACCAAGAAGUUCCACACAAUAAAAUUCAGAAAUAAUGGCAAGAAGAUCCUGCCUUUUGUCAUCAGUGACAUCAUGGGACUGGAGGAUGACGAGGCAACUGGGGCUUGUACUGAUGAUCUUGUGAUGGCUCUAGAAGGUCAUCUCAAAAGUGGAUACUGUUUUGACCCUGUAGGCUCUGUGCAAAAAGAAGACCACUUCUACAACAGCUGUCCGACCCUGAACGAUAAAGUCCACUGCCUGGUCAGUCUCCUACCUGGAGACAAAAUCGGCCUGAUGCAAAAUGCACAGGUCCAAUCUGUCAUCCGAAAAAUGCGGGAAAUCAGAGAGAAAGCCUCUGAACUGGGAAUCCCUCAAGUUAUUGUCAUGACAAUGGUGGAUAAAGCCUGUCCUCAAGUCAACAAAGACAUGAAGAUGAUCUACAGGAGCAAGAAGAUCAAAGAAAAGAUGCUGGAGUGCGAAAGCAAACUGGGUGUCCCCAUGAACUACAUUUACCCAGUGAAGAACUACCAUGAGGAAAUUGAGCUGCGCAAUGAUCUUGAUAUUCUGCUUCUCUCCGCUCUCAAAGGCAUCCUCAACUUUGCCAACGACCACGUGGAACAAAUAGAUGACUGAAACCAGAACAUGUGUAAACAGUGCAUCUGCAGUAUUUUGCAGUACAUUAUUUGUAUUUUUUGCAGUAAGUCUACUGUACAUCUACAGUAGUAGGUCAACCAGGUCAUUCAUGGGACACACCAGGAGUGUAGGCUGAAUUCCUACAAGAGGUUGUGAGGACUGUCAUUACAUUUUCCGUGUUGACUUAGUGUAGUGAAGACCCCUUGACAGUUUGUCCCGCAUAAUCAAGUGUGCUCGAAGAAAAAAAAAGUCUAUCUAUUCCUGAGACUUAGGCAGUCACACAGUAUUUCCAAGACCCACCUGCAUCAAAGCAAGUCAGAGGUGGGAUAUAACUUCGUUCCAUGCUACUUUUUAACACCUUGUCCUAGCAGCAAACCGACCGAUUCUUCCUUGUUAUGCGUUCUAUAGACCCCUUUAGAGUUUGUAAACAGGUAUGACAUAAUUUGGCUGCGUGCGCACCACUGCCUCAAAACCGUCCAUGCUCAGAUAUGCAGUGGGCACCACGGACACGGGUUUUCCUGGCGAUGUCAUCAGUCCAGUCAAUAGUUUAAUGUCUUGUAACAACAAACAUCUCCUAUGCUUCUGGAACAGUCUCUUCCCUCUCAAAAUAGCAUAGCAAGUGUACUUUUCAGAAUCUCUAUUUUUUUUAUCAACGUACACGCUUCAGAACGGCAGUUUUUCUCUCUUUAGUGUCUGCACUGUCACCCAGUAUUACAUACAGAAUAACCACUCCCGAUUUCACCCAUGCCUGCAGUUCUCCUAGCAGUCUCCCUCUAGAGUGCAGUACCACCCAGAAAAGUGGAGUCUCUCGUAAUAUCCUUACAAUAUCUCUGGUGUGUUUGAGUCAACGAUGCGCACACAUGAGGACGUCGACUCUGAAUGGGUCUAUUUGAAAGCUAACCGCGAGUAGCGGCAGUUCUCAAUACCGAUGCGAUGCGCACAUCGCAACGCGAGUGUAGGCUGACUUUUUGUCCAGUUGGGAGAAUCCAACAACACUGUGCCACCAUAGAUCAAUGUGAAAACAGACACUAGUCCAUGACUUUUGCAACAGAAUGCAUCAGUGAAGCAGAAAUUCAGUUAGUUAUUGGUUUAUUGCGAAAUGCAAGUAGUUUCCCUUCACAUGCUGAGAUUCACGGUAGAGGACUAUAUAUAUUUCAACAUCACGGUGCCACCCUGCAUACAUUACGAACCCCCCUGGCAUUUGUAAAAGAAUGUAGCCUAGAUAAGAGCAGGAAUUGUCAGCUAAGAAUACUUAAUCUCACUGUAUUUAUAUAGUGACAAUAAAGCACUCUAGUCUACUGCUCUCUACUCUAUCAAGAUGUUGAAGUGUUUCCCCAAAUGCUGUGAUGUUGUAGCUUGCUAAAAUUAUGCUACUAUUGUAAAAUGUACAGUAUUGUAAUGUAUUGUAAAAUCAUAUUUCAUUGUUUUUCACGCUGUAGGCCUACAUGCUACUUUUAAAACAUACACUGUGUUGGAUUUUGGACAGGACUGGCCUCACAUGCGGAUUGUUGUGAAAAGCAGAACUCCACACUGUCCUGUUGACUCUCUGUUGGCCUAUAUAAAAAUUCGCGAAUAUGGGAAUUUUCCUGAUUUUUGGUAGCUCAAAGUUAACAGGUAUGUUCUAGUCCAGCCAGGAGCAAUACAAAUAUAAUUUCUGAGCUCCUUUGGGAACUCCACCCAGGUUGUCAGGAAGCAAACAACUUUGAGCAGCUCCAACAGCCCUGAGAAGAUGUGUGUUGAAGGCAGUGAUGUAGUUUAAGCAGAGACGUUCUAUUGGGGCUGAGAAAUCUUCAGCACAGCCUUUUCUGGCCUCGACCAGUAGCAAACCAUGGGAGGCGGGUCAUUCAUGCCGUUUGGGAAACAUUAAUGGUUAUGCUCAAGGUCAGGCCAAGUCUCGAAGAGAUUAAGAGACAAUGACUAGAAAAUGACUACACAGUCACACUCAAAAAUGACAUCCAUAUGUUCACUUUGUUGUCUUUGUCAUUGUUGUCCUUUGAUUUGUUCAACAUCAUCAACCAGCAUCACAAUAUCUUCUUGUUCUAUCUAUCUUGUUAAUAAAACCUGCUUGUCUGAA